AUUCGUUAGUAGUGAUCGCUCACUUUAUAUCCAAUCUUCAUGCGUUUCGCUCGCGCUGCAAACGACGAAACGUACCAAAACUCUGCAAGGUCUCACCCGGUCGCCCGCAACUGCCAUCAUCGGAAUCCAUCAAAUAGCCACCAUAGGAAUUGUCAUCCGAGUCGUAUAGCCAUCUUCCACAGUGUCAAUGCAGUCACUAGGACCGCUAUCAUUAUUCCUUCGGUCGUAAUUCUCGUCAAGUUACUUGUUUGGUAGCCAAUUCACCCUCUCUUCCUGUGUAGUUUCGAUGAGUGCAGUUACGAUCAACCUUUUUGCACCAUGGAACCACUUAGAAGAAAUGCGGGAAAGCGGUAGUGCCACUUGCAAAUUCUCCGCCCUGU